UGACGCAGCACCUCGAGGCAAACAGUCCAGGUUCCUUGUGAUUGUAAGCAAAGGUUUAAAAUAUUCGUCUAAAAAUCACUGUGAUUUCUCUUCAAGUUAGCCUAGCUUGUGAGAACUUGAAUACAUCAACCCUUUGAAAGUUCAAAUAUGUUAUCAGGGGGAUUUUUAAGACGUUUUGGAGCGAGUUUUACACCAACGACUGCUGUUGCUUCGUCUACGAGAAACCUGCUUUCCAAACCAAAAACCGCCAUUUUGAGCCCUCUUUCUUCCUUUAAUCGUUGCUUAUGCGAAGCAAARCUUACAAACACUUAUGAAGAGACAACUCGCAAUAUCCCAAAGUAUCAGCUUCAAGCUAUUGAUAAAUUUUUCUUGGUUGUGACUGGCACAAUGAAACGUGGAGAAAUCCCCAAUGAAGUCAGUUAUGAAAUUGUGGAGAAAUCACAGAACCGAAGACGAAUCAUGGUCAACAUCCUCACCAUCUUUCUUACUAUCUUUGGUAGUGCUUAUGCUAUUAACCGAGGUAGAAAAGCAAGAGAUCAUAAAACAGAAGAUAACGUGUUUGAGAUGAAUGUCAAGAGAUAUGAACGGUUGAGAGAAAAAGACAAUCUGGCUAAACUUGAUAAUAAAGACAUCUAAAAACAAGGAAAUUAUUUAAAAGAAAAAAAAGGUUUCAAGCACGCACUGGCUCCGUAUGUGAGGGAUUCGUUAUUCUAUGUGUUUUUCCUCCUCUUGUGGUUCAUAGCUGUCAGCCCAUCAGUGCAUGAGAAAUUAUUUGUAUGUUAUUAAAAAAUUGGUUUACCAUUAAAAUCUAUAAAUUUGG